UUUCACGAUAAUCGCGUUCUUGUCAUGCUCUGCGGUACGUUAGCAGCUGUUUGUAAAUUGUUGCUGUGCACUGUGAUCUAGAGGGAGAGCGAAUAAAGCUUUAGAGUCGCAACAGUUCUAGUUUCUGUGCACUUAUGCGAUAAAUGACCGGUUUGUGAUGUAAAGUUAGCUUUUUCUCAGCAGCCAACUUCUGCUCUACCUUGACCUAAUUUCUGUGACAUGGAGCCAGAUGAGGAGCUUAAUCCGGACACAGAUGACCUUCCUCUCAGAGCCAAUACUAACCACAUACUCGUCAGACAUUACAUGUUGGACCUGACCGUUUGUUUUGACAAGAAGAUCAUCAGUGGUAGUAUUGUUCUCUUUCUUGAGCCUUGCUCUGCUGAGAUGGCUAAAACUAAGGAUGAUAUUGGACCAGAAACUGGAGAUGGUGCAAGGCAGGAACUCAAUGAGGAAGAUACAAAGCUUGGAAGUGACACUCAGAGUUCAGAUUUAUUUCAGAGCUCCAAUGCUGAGGAUUUCACUUUAGUGCUGGACUGCUGUGACCUUGACGUGUCAAAAGUGGAAGAGGUGGACAUUAAUUCUGUAUCGGCAGCAAUGGGGUUUCCCCUUACAGCUGCAUCACUGGACUCACAAGCAGAUUUUAUUCAGCACCUAUUCUCCAUGCCCUCUUCCCAUUGGAAGGAAAAGCAUCGGUGCUUUUUACUAUGCAGCCAGAGCCCUGGCAUCCAGAACAACUCGCUUCACUUUCACACAGAUCGCUGGAGUUUGAAGCUGAAAAAAAUAGGGGUCACUACUUCACAGGGCUUCCCCCGUAUUAUUAGGAUCUACUACAUGACAAGACCACUGGGAGGCUCAGUGAGGUGGACCAUGGACCAGGACAACAGGGAGUGUGUUUACACCGCCGGCUCUCCCAUCAACAACCGGGCCCUCUUCCCCUGCCAGGAGCCUCCUGUUGCCAUGUCAACGUGGCAGGCGAGGGUACGAGCCCCCAGUGACUGUGUGGUGUUGAUGAGUGGGGAGGAGGAGGCUGUUCCAACUGAGGACGGGGCCACAUAUUUCCUGACCUGGAACUAUUAUGUCACAAUGCCCAUGCCUGCGUCCACUUUCACUUUGGCUGUGGGACACUGGUGCCGAGUUCCUGCAGAGGCUCCUUCAGCUCUGGAAAACAAGGUUGAAGACGGGGUGGGCUACAGCUGCGUCAAGGCUGAGCUUGUGUCACAACUUACAAAGUCUCCUGGUGAAGUAGUAGGAGGCGCUCCAUGUCAGAUUGGCAGCAGAGAUGAGGCAACCAGCUCAGACUCUGCAUUCUGUCACUCUUCCCUGGGGCAUAAGGAGCUCUCUUUAACUGAUUAUUCAGGCAUGGAUGAUGACGGCAUCUCUUGUUCCCAUGGCGACUACCCUUGUCGGUUUACUGAACGGUCGGCUUGGUCCCAGCGGGUGGUUCCACACCGUGUAUUUAGCCCUGCCUGCCUGCUCCGGAAGGCCCAGAUGGAGAUCCUCAAGUUGCUGCCUCAAUGCCUGGCUGCAGCCCAUGCAGUUCUAGGAGUUCACCCUUUUCCCCGACUUGACGUCCUCAUCGUCCCAGCAGGGUUCUCCAGUCUUGGCAUGGCCAGCCCCCAUAUAAUUUUCCUGUCCCAGAGUGUGUUGUGCAAGGAAUGUACUGGUUCUGGACUGAACAGACUGACUCUGAGUGGAUCCAGGAUUUGCCACGAGAUUGCCCACUCCUGGUUUGGCCUGGUUAUUGGAGCCAGAGACUGGACAGAGGAAUGGAUCAGUGAAGGCUUUGCUACUUUCCUGGAGGACAUUAUAUGGGCCCAAGCACAACAACUGUCUUCACAACAGACUUUAGAGCAAUUUGACCUGAAGGCGUUGUUGAGGUGGAGGCGACUUUCAGAUGAGUUGCAGAACUCAAAUGAAGAACUUCAAAUUCUUCGGCCGAACAUGGAAAGAACUGGUCAAGUCAGUGACGCUGGCUCCUUCACAAUCAAACACGCUCUUAACCCUGACAAAACCUUCAUGCAAGUCCACUACCUCAAGGGCUACUUCCUUCUCAGGUUCUUGGCCAGUGAAGUUGGGGACCAGCACUUAAUUGACUUCUUCAGAUUAUUUGUAAAGAAAUACCAUGGACAACUUGUUUUGUCUCAGGAUUUCCUGCAAAUGUUCCUGAUCACCUUCCCACACAUGGAGAGAAAGGGCCUCACCCUCAGUGCUAUUUACGCCGACUGGCUUGAUCGACCGGGAAUUCCAGAGUGGCUGCAUGAAAGGAGCGCUGUGUGGUCACAGGCGAGGCUGGUGGAAGAAGUCAAAGCAGAGGUUGUAAAAUGGAUUCUCUCCAGUCGGACUCACCAGGCGACGGGCAAAAAGCGGAAGAGAACAGAACCCAAGGUGAACUACAAAGAGCUGACGACGGAGCAGCUGGUGAUGCUUUUGGAGCUUCUGCUGGAAGAAUCGGAGCUGAGUGUGUCAUCGAUGCGUGCUCUGCACAAAACCUACAAUCUGCAGAAUCAAGAUGCUGAGGUCCGACAUCGCUGGUGUGAGCUGGUUGUUAAGCAUUCCUACUCUCAGGCUUACUGUGAUGUUGAGGACUUUCUGCUUCAUGAUCAGGCAAUGGGUGUGUAUCUUUACGGGGAGCUGAUGCUUCAGGAGGAUCCAGAGCAGCAGGCUUUGGCUCGUCGAUGUCUCGCAUUGGUCCAGGAGGAAAUGGACCAAUCAGCACGCAGAGUUGUGGUGGAGAUGAUUCUGUGACAUUGGAGGUUUGCAGGAUGCGGACAGAGACAACAAGAGUUUGGCCCGGAGGAUGUACGAGGAUGCAGCAUUCGCUCCGUCUUUCUCUGGGACUCUGCAGGAACACCAGAAGGCUGCCUUUGUGCUCUACAGCCAACUGGAAAGCUCCAACGUAUUCGAUUACAAUGAGACUACACAAGCUGUUCGUAGCGGAACAGCGUUGUCAGGCAAAAUAAAAACCGUCAUUCUUCAUUGUUUUUUAACGUUAAUGGAGGAUAAAUGGGGAUUUCACAGAUAAAAGCUCAGAGGUGUAUGAGCUUUAGUUGAUGCAGUCGUCAGGGGUGUGUUUAGGGAUGAGUUCACAUCUGUUUAGUCUUAAAUCAUGAUCUGGUUCUCUGAAGUUUAGACUGGAAAUUCUUUAAGGGAAGGUACAUUUCACAAACGUUAUUCCUACUUCACUCUUGACUGCAAUAAAACUGACCCCAGACAGCUCACAGCAUUUUUCUGUGUCGGUUUAAUGAAUUUUAGGAAAAUAAUAUUUUUAUAGUAAAUAAACAUUUCCACAAAAAUAAA